AGAUAUUUACGCUAGAUGUCUAUCGUAAAUAAAUGCAAGUGUAUUUGCGUGCACGCACAUGCACGAGAGAAGUACUUUUGAACAAUCGAGUGUAAUUUAUGGCUUUUAUGUAAUUUGUGUAGCAUUUUUACUUUCCUCUUGGAUUUUUUCGAUUUAAGCAGUCAGGAAAUGUGUUUGCUUAGUAGAACGAUUUAUACAACGACAAAGCGAACAAGUUAACCUAGAAAUCUAACCUCAAAACAGUAUCUCUGAGAAAAAUACUAAUAGCCGUUGCGAUGGCAGACGUACGUGAUAUUCUGGACAUUGAGGUACCGACAACCACAGAACUUACGAAGGAGUCAAUAUUGGGCAGUGACAAAAAGAGCCGCAAGCGAUAUGACUACAAUAAAAUGCCAAAACGUCCCGAGGGUAUGCACCGCGAGGUAUUUGCCCUCCUCUGCAAGGAUAAUAACGAUGUGCCGCCGUUGUUUCCGACCGAUACUGCGAAGGGGUACAAGCAGGUGCGAGCUAAGCUUGGUAUGAAGAAGGUCAGACCAUGGAAGUGGACGCCGUUUACCAAUCCAGCUCGCACGGACGGCGCUGUCUUUCAUCACUGGCGGCGUGUCGCCGAUGCUGGCAAGGAGUAUCCCUUCGCUAAGUUCAAUAAGAAAGUUCCUAUUCCUACGUACACGAAUGCCGAAUACGUACAACACUUGGUGAUUAACGGCUGGACAAAAGCGGAGACUGAUCAUCUGUUCGAUUUAUGCAGAAGAUUUGACCUUAGGUUCAUUAUCAUCAAAGACAGGUGGGAUUGUGCCAACUUCCCUGCCAGAUCUGUAGAAGACUUGAAAGAGAGGUACUAUCAGGUGUGUGCUGCAUUGACAAAGGCAAAAUCUCACUCUGACAAAGUCUACAUCUUUGACGCUGAACACGAGAAGCGCAGAAAGGAACAGUUGAAGAAGCUGUUUGAACGUACUCCAGAACAGGUGGAGGAAGAGCAGACUCUACUGGCUGAAUUGCGCAAGAUUGAGCAAAGGAAGAAAGAGAGAGACAGGAAGACUCAAGAUUUGCAGAAGUUAAUUACAGCAGCUGAUCAUCAGGCAGACCCCAGAAAGAGCGAGAGAAAAUCUUCCAAAAAGAGCAGUAGCUCUUCUAGAAAUAGACCAAACAAAACUGAUGCUUCUCAUGCUGUAGAGUCAGCGGGAAUUAAAUUUCCUGAUUUUAAGAAUAGUGGCGUUACUCUUCGUUCUCAAAGAAUCAAGUUACCAAGUAGCCUUGGUCAAAAGAAAAUGAAAGGCAUUGAGCAAAUGUUGAAUGAGUUGCAUCUAGAAUUGAAUCCACCACCAACGGAGCAAAUAUGUCAGCAAUUUAACGAACUGCGCAGCGAUAUAGUUUUGCACUACGAAUUGAGAAGUGCGUUAUCGACAUGCGAUUAUGAAUUGCAAUCUUUAAGACACCAGUACGAAGCGUUGGCACCGGGGAAGACUUUAACAAUACCACCGGCGCUUCUACCAAAAACAGAACCGGAAGUCAAAGCGGAAAUCAUAGACGUGGUAGGAUCACCCACUACGCCCAGUAUUACUCAUUAAUUCAAAAUAAUCUUCAUGUAAGAUAGGAAUUAAUCAAGUAAGUUCUGUACAUAUUUCUCUUUUAAGUUAUUAACAUGCCACUGAAAAUUAUCGGCAUACAUAACGAUGUAUUAUAUUAGCAAGCAAUUUUUAUUUUAUAAUAAAGAAAUAAACAAUUUAAGAAUACACAAUGUCGUGCGGUGUACCUCUCACCUUGCUGACAUGCGAGUAGUAUGAUGAAAUAACGAGAAGACGAUGGUAAUUACUUAUAUAUCUGUGUAUUUUAUAUUGUCGACAAAAAGUAACAAUGUACGGUCAAACCGUAUAAUUUAUCUACAACAAUCUACAAUAGAUUACAAUAUGUUUUGUUUUGUUCUUGAGGGUAUAGGGAAGGGAGGGUGUGUGCUCAAGAGGAAAGAGGGAGGAAAUACAAGAUUGGGUCGGGACUGGACGGGAGGGAGGGGGAGGGGAGGUCGUGGAUCGGCAAGUGUGAAGGGUGUCAGAUGGUCGUCGAUGCAGGCCUUUCUUCGUUCGUGCUCCGUUACUCGCGUUACAGUUGACUCGUUUUUUUUUGUUCUUUUUUUCCUUUUAAUCCUAUGAUAAAUUAUUCGAGAUAGCUCUAGAGCCGUACUUGGUACGGAAUAAUGCGUUAUAUCUGCGACAAUAAUCGACAAACCAGCGGUCGUGUGUCCCGCCUAUUUAACGCUGUUGCGUUUCGCGAGGACUCCGCUGAUCGAAAAAAUGCGAGACGAAAGAGAGAGA